CUAUCACCUCUUAUUUAAUGGUAUGACCCUCCUGCUCCAACCAUGGCGCUGUCAUGUGUGCAGUGGUUGCUGGUGCUGGGCAUGUUGGUGACCGGUAGCAUCAAUACUCUCAGUAAGAAGGCUCAGAACGACUCAAAAGUCAAGGGUGUUCCAGUCCCAGGACCCAAUGGAACAGAAGUGGCGGAGGAGCACGAUUUCGACCAUCCGUGGUUCCAAACUGUUAUCAUGUUCAUAGGUGAGACGUGCUGUCUGAUUGGUCUGUUCAUCCAGAGGAAAAGAGAGAGGGACCAGUUUAGGAGACAGAUAAUGCAAGAUUUUAAUCAGGAACCUAUAGAAGCUCUACAGCAAGGAAGGGUGUUCCAGUUCAUCUUUGCUGUUCCCACCAUCUGUGAUCUGUUUGGAACCACUCUGGCAGGGAUCGGCCUGUUGUGGGUGAAUGCCUCUGUGUGGCAGAUGCUCCGAGGGUCCAUCAUCAUCUUUACUGGUAUUCUCUCUAAAAUCUUCUUGAAGAGAAAACUGAGAGGUAUACACUGGACAGGCAUGGUGGUCACUAUGCUUGGUCUGGUGUUGGUGGGUAUCUCCAGUGUCUUCAAUGAAGAGGACAAUGAUAAAAAAGAUGUGAAGAAGUCCAUCCUAGGUAUUGUCCUGAUCCUGGCCGGACAGGUGGUUAGUUCCAGUCAGAUGAUCAUUGAAGAACUGUUCCUUAAGAAGAGAAAGUUUCCACCCUUACAGGUUGUUGGAAUGGAGGGAUCAUUUGGGGUGUUUUUCAUGGUAGCGCUUGUGCUUCCUGUCCUGUACUUCAUUCCCGGUGACCAACCAGGUGGCAGGUACGAGAACAGUAUAGACGCCCUGUACCAGAUCUACAACUCUCCCGGCCUACUGGUCUUCUGUCUACUGUACCUGUCCUCCAUUGCCUUCUAUAACUACUUUGGGCUGGCUGUAACCAAGUCAUUGACAGCUGUCCACAGGACCCUGAUCGAUGCCUGCAGGACCAUCAUGGUGUGGCUGGUGUCUCUCUUCAUCCACUAUGUGGUGUCUGAGGACUUUGGGGAACCAUGGGACAACACGUAUGGCAUCUUACAAGUUGACGGGUUCUUCUUCCUGAUGAUUGGCACGGCCCUGUAUAACGAGCUCAUCAGUUUCCCCUGGAUCCCCUGCCUGCGUCCCCAGCCCCCUGAGGAUACAGACCCCACCCCCGAGGCAGCCUCCAUACAGGCGACACAGGACAGUGACGAGAGAACCCCCCUUCUCAGUGGGGACACAUAAACUGGCCUGGAUUCAAAAUUGUUAUCUUUGACGUCAGCAAUUUUCUUGUCAGUUGUCAGAAAUAUAGACUGGAAUUCAUCAUAUUCAUCUGUAGACAUGCUGCUGUGCCAUUGAAGUGACACCCAAUUACGAGGUGACAUACCCUUUCGUUGGCUGAUAGAUACAUAGUGGGAAUGUGCCAGGUCUCUUGUCCUCUGUUCAUGUAUAGAUGUUGUCACCAAGUACUUAAUGUUGGACUUGGACAGUAUAUUAUGUAAAGCUGGGUUCUGUCAUUUUUCAAUCUGUGUAUGUGCUUUCUGUAUGUCUGUUGUUUGACAUAGCCUUUAGUGUUUCUUCUCUUUGCCUUGGCUGUGCCUAUUAAUGGCAACAUUACAAAUUGAACACAAAGUGGUUAUCUCACUGGACUGUGCCAGUUGGCGACAAAGUGUCUUUCGCAAAUAGUAGCAGCCCUAUGAGAUACCUGCUUAAAUAACCAUCGCAACAAUGUCACUACUUUAAUUUGCUGAAUGUGCUAUAUCGGAAUACUGUAAAUGCAGAAAUGUUCGCGGUGGUUUUAUGUUCGCGGUUUUCGCGGUGGCCACUUCACCGCGGAUUUAAAACCACUGCAAACAUUUUUCCAUGGCAGUAAGAGAGUACAGUGCAUGAUGCUACCGCGAACUUAAAACCACCGCGAAAAGUCUUUUUUCCCGCUACUGAGAAAUUAAAUUCCCGUGAACUUAAAUGCAUUUACAGUAGUUUGUAUUGGUUGAGCUUGAGUGGAAAAUCAAUUUAAAGAAGACUAUUUUUUUUUUCUACCUCCUAGGGUGUACUAGUAGAUGUUUCAUGUUUAUUGUUGACUAUGCUAAGGAU